AGAGCGCUGUAUGAGGAGGAAGUGAAGUGUGUUAGUGUAAAUGUCGGAGCCUUAUCAAACAGCUGAGGCUCCGCCGGCUUCUACAAAUGGAAAUGAAGCGAGACUGCUGGGGACAGCUGAAGUUAUUUUUGUACCGCCGGGGCUGAAGACGCAAGCCAUGGAUCAAGAUUUGUUCGGAGGGGCCCCCAGGUUCCUCACCCGGCCCAAGGCGUUCUCCGUGUGCGUCGGCAAGGACGCCACCCUGAGCUGUACCAUCGUGGGCAGCCCCGCACCUCUCAUCACCUGGGAGAAAGAGAAGCUGAAGCUGACGUCCGGGGGGCGCUUCAAGACCGUGGAGGACGGCGAUGUGUACCGUCUGACCAUCUAUGACCUGGCGCUGGAAGACAGCGGUCAGUACCUGUGCAGGGCCAAAAACAGCGUCGGGGAGGCCUACGCCGCCGUGACCCUCAAAGUGGCCCUUCCAACAGAGAUGACCCCCAGGGCUCCCGUUUUCAUGCUCAAGCCCACCUCGGCACGCGUGGGCCUGGGGGGUGAUGCCGUGUUCCACUGCAGAGUUGUCGCUCACCCCGAUGCCAACUUUGACUGGGAGAAGGAUGGCCGCUACCUGGGGGAGUCCAACCGCAUCAAGAUCUUUUCAGACAGCGACAGCAGCAGCUUAAAGAUCCAGAGCGUACGCUACCUGGACAGCGGCACGUACACCUGCAGGGUGCAGAACACGUUGGGCCGGGCGAACGCCGCCGCAGCGCUGGUGGUGGACGCCCAGGAUGCGCAUUUGUUUGCCACAGACAACCACACGUCCCUCCUCUCUCACCUCCAGAAGCGCAAAGAAGAAAUGAAGAAGGAUAUGUCUGUCUUCCACACCGAGGACAGCGCCACCUCCGGCAAAAUCACGGAUGGUUUGAGUUCCAUGAGUCUGGAGCACGAUGUGAGGUCGUCCGUCCUGGCAAAGCUGCCCAAGGGCGUGUUCACCCGCACCUGCACUGUGACGGAGGGCAAGCACGCCAAACUGAGCUGCUUUGUGACGGGUCACCCCAAGCCCCACAUCAUCUGGAGGAAGGACGGAGCGAAUAUUAGCGAGGGCCGCCGCCACGUCAUAUACGAAGACUACGCCGAGAACUUCAUCCUCAAGAUCCUGUACUGCAAGCAGAGCGACAACGGUUUCUACACCUGCAAUGCCACCAAUAUGGCCGGUCAGACCUACAGCGCUGUGCUGGUAACAGUCAAGGAGCCAAAGCUGCCAUUCAGGAGGAAACUUCAGGACGUGGCCGUCCAAGAGAAAACGUCGGCCACGCUGAUGUGCGAGGUGCCGCUGACCAGCAGCCGGGCCGACUGGUUCAUGGAGGAAAUGCGUCUGGAGCAAAAUGCCAAGUAUCGCAUGGAGGAGCAAGGCACCCUGCGUCGGCUCACCAUACACAACGUGACCACCAACGACGACGGCGUUUACAUCUGCGAGAUGAAGGAGGGCAGCCGCACGGUGGGCGAGCUCACUGUCCUGGGCAACAUUACAAAGAAGCUUCCUCGGCGGACGGUCGUUCCCGUCAGCGACACCGUCAUCUUCUGCGUGGAGCUGGAGCAGCCCUGUCCCGACGCCUACUGGACCCGCAACGGGGACAAGCUAAGGGCAGAUUCCCGCGUUACCAUCGCUUGCUCGCUCCGACAGUACACGCUCACCAUUCGCGAGUGUCAGACGGACGACUCGGGAGAAGUGGCCUUUGUGGCCGGAGACUGCAAGACCUCCACACGGUUCUCUGUCACCGCGGCAAGGAAGCAUCCUCCCGAUCCCCCAGUUGAUGCCGUGGUGCAGAACAAGACUGACUCAUCCAUCACCCUUCAGUGGUCUCCUCCGGACAGUGACCGCCCAGUGCCCGUCAAGGGCUACAUUGUGGAGAGGAGGAAGGUCGGCACCCAGACCUGGCAAAGGUGCAACGCCGGAGAAACGAUUCUGUCAACGGAGAUCACGAUCUGUAACUUCACUGAGGAAGCCACUUUCCAAUUCCGUAUAUCUGCCAUCAAUGACUUUGGUCAGAGCGACUACCUGGAGGUGCCCGGAAGCUUCUACCUUGAACCCACUGCCGAAAUCAGAAAAGGCCUUGUGGACAGCACCGCAGUGUCCGGCGAAGAGUUCUCCAUCUCAGUGGAGCUUUCAGCUGUUUGCUCGGGCUUCUGGUCUCUAAAUGGCCGCCUUCUGCGCAGUGGCGGCGACUAUCUCAUCACACGCUCCAAGAAAGUGCACACGCUGCUCCUACGAGAGGUCACCUCGGACAUGAAUGGAGCAGAAAUCAAGUUUGUGGGCGGAGGCUCGCAGAGCCGUUGCGUCUUAGCUGUCAAGGCACCGCCUGUCCGGUUCACUAAUAAGUCAAAUCAACCAGAGGUGAUCAUCUGCAGCGCCCAAGCUACCGCUCAGAUGACGGCUGAGGUGUCAGAUUACAAUGCACAGGUGAUGUGGAUGAAAAAUGGGCGAGAGGUAAAAAUGGGCAAGAAGUACGAAUAUGUGAACAUGGACCGCAGGAGGAUCCUGAUGGUACACAACGUUACAGAGGAAGACGUGGGCGUCUACGAGUGCGUCUGUGCUGAUGACAGAAUGUCCAUGCAGCUCACCCUUAAAGAUGAACCCGCCAAGUUCCUGAACAAGCCCAGAGGUCCCAUGGGCCUGUUGUCGUCGCUCAAAGGAGAUCUCGAGUUGAGCUGCGAGGUUUCUCCCGCCAGCACAGCGGUCGUGUGGAGGAAAGAUCAGAUGGUGAUCUUCGAGGACCAAAGAACUACCAUCAUCUCCAAAGGAACACUCAGGAAACUCCUCAUCAAGAAUGCAAAAAAAAGCGACGAGGGUCAAUACUCCUGCGAGACAGCCACUGACAAAGUCACAUUCCAAGUCAAGAUUAAAGAAACUCCAGCCCAGCCUGCCUUCUCCGACAAAGAGUUGGUGCAGAGGGAGGUGAAGGUUGCUCUCUCCCAAAAAGCCGUUCUCAGUUGUAUCGUGUCAGAUAGCAAGACGGAGGUGAAAUGGUACAAAGACGGCAAGCUGCUCAUAUCCAGUCGGGACACUUACGCUGAAAUCAAAGGCAAUAACCGUCAACUGGUGAUUGAAAAAGUGGAGAAGAGUGAUGCUGGAGAGUACACCUGUGAGGCUGGAGCAGAGAAGAUAGUCUUUAAAAUCAUUUUGCUAGACACCGAGGCAGCAUUCUCAAACAAAGAAGUGGUCCAGAGGGACGUGAAAGCCACUCUUUCUGAGAAAGCUACCUUGAGCUGUGAAGUGUUUGAUCCCAACAAGACGGUGAAAUGGUACAAGGACGGGAAGCUGCUUGUUUCUAGCAAGACAAUACAUGCUGAAACAAAGGGCAAGAGUCGUCAGCUGGUGAUCGACAGCGUGGAGAAGAAGGACGCCGGGGAAUACAUCUGCGACGGCGGGGCAGAGAAGCUGGUCUUCCAGAUCCACGUGACCGAACGUCCACUAGCCUUUGUCAACAAAGAGUCUGUCCAAAAGGAGGUGAAAGCAAAUCCAUCCCAACAAGCCACUCUGAGCUGUGAAGUAGCUGACUCCAAGACGGAGGUGAAAUGGUACAAGGAUGGGAAACUCCUUGUCAGUAGUAAGACAAUUCGUGCAGAGUCCAAGGGCAAGAGUCGCCAGCUGGUGAUCGACUGUGUGGAGAAGAAGGAUGCUGGCGAAUACGUCUGUGAAGCCGGUGCUGAGAAGUUGAUCUUUAAACUCCAGGUGGCAGAGGUUCAAACCAAGCCGGCCUUCUCCAACACCAACGCUUUUCAGAGCGAGGUGAUUGCCUCCGUGUCCCAGAAAGCUGUUCUGACCUGUGAGGUUUGUGACAGCAAAACGGAGGUAAAAUGGUACAAGGACGGCAAACUGCUGGCCUCCAGUAAGACGAUCCGUGCUGAGUCCAAGGGCAAGAGCCGUCUGCUGGUGUUUGAUAGUGUGGAGAAGAAAGACGCUGGGGAGUAUGUCUGUGAGGCGGGAAGUGAAAAGCUGAAAUGCAGGAUGCAGGUGGCAGCAGUUCAACCAAAGUCAGCGUUCUCCAACAAGGAAACUGUCAUGAAAGAGGUGAAAGCUUCUGUCUCUCAGAAAUGCUCUCUGUGCUGCGAAGUGGCGGAUUUGAAGACCGAUGUAAAAUGGUACAAGGAUGGCAAGCUGCUGUCAUCGAGCAAGACAAUUCACGUGGAGUCGAAGGGAAAGAGUCGCCAGCUAGUGUUUGACACUUUGGUAAAGGAAGACGCUGGGGAGUACAUCUGUGUGGUUGGAACUGAGAAGCUGACCUUCAACAUACAGGUGGCCGAUGCCCCUUGUGGUUUCUCUAAUAAGGACUCUGUUCAGAGGGAGGUGACAGCCAUUCAUACUAAGAAAGCCACAUUGUGCUGUGAGGUCGCUGAUCCCAAAACUGAGGUGAAAUGGUACAAGGAUGGCAAGGCGCUCGCUUCCAGCACGGCGGUCCACAUGGAGACAAAGGGCAGGAGGCGGGAACUGGUCGUAGAAAAGAUGGAGAAAAAAGAUGUAGGGGAAUACGCAUGUGAGGCAGGAUCGGAGAAACUGAUAUUCAAGCUGCAGAUGGCAGAUGUGCCUGCCAAGUUCCAGAAGAAGAUCAUCAAGGACACAUGCAUCGUUCAAGCCGGCGAGCACAUUGUCUUGACCAGCGAGCUUACUGCGGAAAGCAGCUGCAGCGUGAGGUGGUUUAAAGACGGUGUGGAACUCAAAGAAGGCACCAAGUAUCAAAUGAAAAAAGACGGCCUUUCCCGCACGCUUGUUGUCACAGCCACCGAAUCCAAAGACAGCGGCGUGUACGCCUGUCAGACCGCUGACGACAAACUGGAGUUCAAUGUGCAGGUCAAAGACGCAGCUUUAAAGUUCGCUGUCCUGUUGUCCCGUACCGUGACAGUCGACUUGGGGGACGCUUUAAAUCUGACGUGCGAGUUGAACCAAGCCUCGGGUGAUGUCCUAUGGCGGUGCAAUGGUUCUGAGGUUAAACCCGGAGGCAGGUUCUGCGUCAAGACAGACGGGGUGAGGCGGAUCCUCAUCGUGACUGGCGUGACUAAGGAAGACGAAGGCGAAUAUAGCUGUGAAUGUAAAAACGACAAGACCUCUGCCAAAGUCUCCACUAAAGCUCCCAGAUCCGUCAGGCUGACUUCCAAACUCAACAAUGUGGCAGCAACGGAGGGCAAGGAUGCCGUGUUUAAGUGCACCGUCAUCCCCACCGACACGCUUGUCAAAUGGUUCCACAACAAUGUUCCCGUCGCUCAUGGCGACAAGUAUAAAAUUGAGCGCGGUGGCAACAGCCACUCGGUCACCAUCACGUCUGUCAGCCAGGCGGACGCCGGGGAGAUCAGCGUGGACGCCGAAGGGAAAAGCUGCAAGGCGACGCUUCAAGUGCAACGGGAGCCGGUGACAUUCAAGAAGAAGCUGGAGAACCUGACGGUGGAGGAGCAGAGCGAGGCAAAGAUGGAGGUCGAGCUGAGCAAGCCGUCGGACGAAGUGCACUGGCUGAAGAACAGCGUUAAGAUGCAGACUUCGGCGGGCGUGGAGGUCCGAGUGGACGGAGCCAAGCAGGCUCUGGUCUUCAAGAGCGUGGCUUACGCUGACAGGGGCAUCUACUCGUGUGAAACUCUCGAUGACAGAACCCAGGCCAAGCUCACUGUGGAAAUGAAGAAAGUGGGGCUGAUCAAAGGUCUCAGAGAAACACGGAUACACGAGACGGAGACGGUUAGUCUCGAGGUCGAGCUCAGCCAGGCUGACGUAGAAGGAUUGUGGACCCGGGAUGGCGUCAAGUUCAGAUCGGGGCCCAAUGUCAAUGUCACGGCUCUGGGAAAGAAGCACAAUCUUACCUUGUCGAAUCUGACCAGAGAAGACUCAGGAACCAUUGGAUUCCAAGCGGAAGGCGUCCGGACUUCCUGCAAACUCAUUGUUACUGAGCCUCCCGCUAAGAUUUUAAAGCCCAUUGUGGACAUUAGCGUUGCCGAGAAGGAGAAGGUCACUUUGGAGUGCGAAGUGUCCAGAACAAAUGUAGAUGUAAAAUGGUUAAAGGAUGAUGUAGAACUGAAACCAGGGAAGAAUUACAGCAUGCACAGUUUGGCCCGAAAACGCACCUUGAUCAUCAACAAAUGCGGCCCCGAAGACGCAGGAACUUACAUCUGUCGUACAGACGAUGACAACACUUGUGCUAAGAUCUCCGUUCAUGCCAGAGACAUUAAGAUUGUGAAGAAGCUGGAGGAUGUGGAAGUGAUGGAGAAGGAGAGCGCCGCAUUUGUCUGCGAGGUCUCGCACGACGAGGUCGAUUGCCAGUGGUACAAGGGAAGCGCGAAGCUCCGAGUCGGUGACAAUGUCAAGAUGAGACAAGAAGGCAGGACCUACGUCUUGCUGUUUAAAAGUGUGUCCCCAUCCGAUAGAGGUGAGAUUAAAUUUACAGCCGAGAGGGCCUCGUCAACUGCACAACUGAAGGUGAAAGAGCUGCCCGUCAAGUUUGUGAAGAAGCUCCGAGAUAAGAUAGCCAUCUAUAAGCACCGCGGCCACCUGGAGUGCCAAGUGUCACGCGCCAGCGCCCAGGUCAAAUGGUUCAAAAACAAGACAGAGCUGAAACCCGGAAUGAAGUACGAGAUCAAAAGCGAGGAUGUGUACCGGAAGCUCACCAUCAACGAGGUGGAUGCCGCCGACGAAGAUGUGUACACGUGCGACGCCUCCGACGAAAAGACGUCCUGUAGACUGCUUGUGGAAGAGCAAUCCAUAAACAUCGUACGGGAGAUGAGUUCCGUCGAGGUGAUGGAACCCUUCGCCGCAGUCUUCGAAGUUGAGAUCAGCAUGGAGCUGGUGAAACCACCCGUCUGGACUCUCGGAGGCGUCGCCGUCAAGGAAACGGCUGACGUCGAGAUGGAGAAAGAGGGCACGAUGCAUCGCCUCACAUUCAAAAAGACCAAAGCAUCCAUGACGGGCCCCGUGCAGUUCACGGCCGGCAAGAGCAAGUCCCAAGCGCAGCUCACAGUCAAAGAGCGUCCUCUUGAGGUUGCCGAGCCCAUCAAAGACGUGAAGGCCAAGGAGAAAAGCUCCGCCAUGCUCACGUGUAAGUUCUCCAUCCCACCAAAAGACAAGGUGCAGUGGUUCAAAGGCCGGGUACUGCUGACUGCAUCGGACAAAUAUAACAUCAAGCAAGAUGCUACGAGGGCUCAACUCAACAUUCAUAUGCUGGCCGAAGAGGACAGCGGCGAGUACUGCUGUCAGUCCGGACCUGCUACGACGAAAGGGAAUCUGAUGGUUGAAGUGCGGGAUAUUAAGUUCACCAAGCAUCUGGCCGACAUAGAGGUGGACGAAGACAGCGACGUGGUGUUCUCGUGCGAGGUCAACUAUGCCGACGAGGAGGCCCAGUGGCUCCUGAAUGACAAAGUGCUCUUCACCAAUGAAGUCAACACCAUCACCCACGAAGGGAAAGUUCAUAAGCUCAUGCUCAAGAACCUGGCACCUCAGGACGGGGGGACUAUCGCCGUUCAUGUCCGCAAGGUGAAGGAGUCUGUCACCCUCAAGGUCAAAGAAAAGCCUGCGCUGUUCCUCAAAUCUCUUGACGAUAUCGUCGGUGAGGAGAAAGGCUCCGUCACUCUGGCUUGUGAGGCGUCCAAGCCCAGAGUCUUUCCCACGUGGAGGAAAGAAGGCAACCCGCUGACGGCUGGACCAAAAUACGAGCUCCUUCACACAGGCAAGUCUUUAGGGCUGAUCAUCAAGGACGUGACCAAAGAUGACGCCGGGGAGUACACUUGCGAUCUUGGAACUGAGGUGUCCAAGGCAAAGGUCACUGUGAGAGAAAUUGCCAUCGGGAUCACAAAAUGGCUGAAGUCGGCCGAGGUGAACGAGGGAGAGACGUGCGGGUUCGAAUGCGUGUUGUCCCGCGAGAGCGCUGAUGAGUUCACCUGGACCCUCAAUGGACGAAGCCUUAGCAGUGGAGGUCGCUUUAAAGUGAACAGCAAAGGACGGAAACACAUGCUGACCAUCAAGGACGUCACUCCCGCUGACGCCGGAGAAGUGGUCUUCAGCAUUCAAGAACUGACCUCCAAAGCAACCCUGACUGUUGAAGGAAAAGCUGCGUCGCUGUCAAGGGAGCUGGAGAAUGUUAGCGUGGUUCGAGGCGAAGAUGCCACUUUUACCUGCGAGGUGACGCAAGCGACCUCCUUGGUCAAAUGGGCAAAAGGGUCCAAAGCCGUAAGGAAGAGCCAGAAGUAUGACAUCAUUAGAGAAGAGAGAGUCAUGAAGCUGGUCAUCUACAAUGUCUCCGUUCAAGACUCGGGGGAGUACAGUUGUGAGGUUGUCGGCGGGGCAACUACAAAGGCCAGGCUUGAGGUUAAAGAACCAAUCCACAAGUUCACCAAAGAACUCAAGGACAGCAAAGCAGAUGAGAAGACUUCUGUGACCCUGCGGUGCGAAACGGCCCAAAGCCCGUCGGUCGUGACGUGGCUCAAAGGGCACACGGAGCUCGAGGCCGGCGCUCGAUACGAGAUCAGCCACAAGGAGUGCGUCCUAUCUCUCACCGUCGCACACCUCCAGGAAGACGACACCGACAUCUACACUUGCGACGUUGGCACUGCCAAGAGCAUGGCCAAGCUCACCGUUAAAGCCCUGCCUGUCACUUUCAAAGAAAAACUCAAGAAUCAAGAUGAAAAGGAAGGAGAGACUGUGACGCUCCACUGUGAGCUGUCGAAGCCUGCGACCAACGUUCAGUGGACGAAGGAUUCCAAAAUUCUCUCCACCGGAGGGACGUAUGAAAUAAAGCAAAUGGAGGCAUUUUGUGAGCUUCGCAUUAAGAACGCCAAGACAGACCAUAGUGGGGAGUACUCAUGUCUAUGCGGGAACGAAAAGACAUCGGCAUCAGUAACAGUGAAUGCAUUGCCGCCAUCCUUCACGGUGAAGUUGCAGAGUCAGGAGGCCGACGAAGGAUCCGGGGUCACGCUACGCUGUGAGACCUCUAAACCUUUAGUACCUGUGGAGUGGAAAAAAGGAGCGCGGGUGCUGUCAUACGGAGAAAAGUACCAGAUGAAGCAGCGGGCGUGUGUCAAUGAACUCCUCAUCACCCGAGCCGAGCCCGAAGACAGUGGAGAGUACAGCUGUGUAUGCGGGGAACACACAACCGUGGCCUGUGUCAAGAUCAAGGCAUUACCAGUGAGCUUCACAAAGAAGCUGCAAAGUCAGGAGGCCGAGGAGGGAUCUGGAAUCACACUACGGUGUGAGACAUCGAAACCUGGACUCACAGUGGAGUGGACGAAAGAUAGACAAGUGCUUAAAUCUGGAGAUAAAUACCAGAUGAAGCAGCGGGACUGCGUUAAUGAACUCCACAUCAGCCAAGUGGUGCCAGAAGACAGUGGAGAGUACAGCUGUGUGUGUGGGGAGCACGAUACUGCAGCUCGUCUCACUGUUCAGGCCCAACCGGUGACAUUCACAAAGAAGCUGCAGACCCAAGAGGCCGAAGAAGGAUCCAGUGUUACUCUUUGCUGCGAGGUGUCGAAACCCCUAGUCCCAGUCGAGUGGAAGAAGGGAAGACAAAAGCUCAAGUCUGGGGAAAAGUACCAGAUGAAGCAGCAGGCGCGCGUCAAUGAACUCCACAUCAUCCAAGCGUUGCCGGAGGACAGUGGAGAGUACAGCUGCGUGUGUGGGGAGCACAGCACUACAGCGAGCCUCAACAUUAAAGCCCAACCAGUGACCUUCACAAAGCAGCUGCAGAGUCAGGAAGGCGAAGAGGGAUCCAGCGUUACUCUUCGCUGCGAGACGUCUAAACCUUUAGCCCCAGUGGAGUGGAAGAAGUCGAGACGGGUCCUCAGGUCUGGAGAAAAGUACCAGAUGAGGCAACAGGCGACUGUGAACGAACUGGUUAUUUAUAAAGCUGCGGAGGAAGACAGCGGCGAGUACAGAUGUGUUUGUGGAGAAAACGACACCACGGCUCGCGUCACCAUUAAAGCCCAACCAGUGAACUUCACAAAGAAGCUGCAGAGUCAAGAGGCGGUUGAGGGAUCCAGCGUCACUCUUCGCUGUGAGACGUCGAAACCUGGCGUGCCCGUGGAAUGGAAGAAGGGAAGGCAGAUCCUGAAAUCUGGAGAAAUCUACCAGUUGAAGCAGGAGGCGACAGUGAAUGAGCUUUUUAUCCACGAAGCAGCAGAAGAAGACAGUGGCGAGUACAGCUGUGUGUGUGGAGAUGACAAAACAACAGCGAGCCUCAAGAUCAAAGCCAAAAGGACUGACGCAACAUUGGUAGUUGAUAAAGUCAAGCAGUCGAAGCAGGAGAUACUUGAAACAGUAGAAGUUGUGACACUGCAACAGACCAAAGAGUCCUCUAAACACCAACUUGUGAAACAAGAGACGCGGGAGCUCAGAGUUGAAGUGCUUCCGGUCACAUUGCUGCGAGAAGUGGAAAGCCAAGAAUCUGAUGAGGGGCGACGUGUUACUCUGUUUUGUGAGCUUUCCAAGACGGGACUUCCUGUCGAAUGGAAGAAGGGAACUCAACUCCUGAGUUGUGGGGAAAAGUACCAGAUGACACAAAGUGGAUUCCGUUAUGAACUCCAGGUCUUUGAUUUAAGACCUUGUGACACCGGAACGUAUUCUUGCUCUUGGGAGGACCAAACAAGCGCCGCCUCCCUCAUAGUUAAUGCUCUCCCCGUCGCUUUUACCAAAGAGCUGCAAGACCAAACGGCCGAUGAGGGCCAAAGCGUGGUUCUGCAGUGCGAGCUCUCCAAACCUGGCAUCCCCGUUGAGUGGAGGAAAGAGGAACUCGGUCUUUGUCCUUGUUCCAAGUAUGACAUUAGACUGAUGGAGCACACCGCCACUCUAGUAAUCCACAACGUAGACAAAGAUGACACGGGCUGUUACACAUGUGACACAGGUUUUCAUCAGAGCUCUGCACGUGUGGCCGUUAAGGCCCAGCCAGUGCUUUUCAAAAGUCAACUGCAGAACCUUGAGAGGCAGGCCGGGGCGAGUGCUGUUCUCCGCUGUGAGACCUCAAAGCCCGGAGCGAGUGUGAUCUGGAGACACGGUGAUAGGGUGCUUGCGUCCAGCAGCAAGUAUCACUUGAGACAGGCGGGGACACUUGUGGAACUCGUCAUCUAUAAAUUGCAGGGAGCCGACUCGGGAGAAUACGUCUGUGACACGGGCACUCACAAGACCUCAGCCACCCUCGCUGUGCAGGAGAUUGAGGUGUCCAUAGUGAAAUUCUUGGAGAGCUGUGUGGUACUCCAGGGCGAGGACGUCCACUUUGAGUGUCUGGUGUCACACGAGGACGCGCCGCGAGCUCAGUGGAAACUCCAGGACAUUCCGCUACAGAAUAAUGAAAUGAACGUGAUUAAGGCAGAAGGUCGCGCGCACAGUCUCACACUUCGAGGGGUCACCGAGGCGGACUCGGGCACGGUCACUUUCUCAGUGGGUAACCACACAUCCACCGCCUCACUGACUGUCAGAGCUGGGCCCGUUUUAUUUAAGAAGACCCUGAACAGCCAAGAGGCCAAUGAGGGGGGAAAAGUGAUUUUGUCCUGUGAGGCAUCCAACCCCGAUUGCAAGGUGUCCUGGCGGAAGGGCUCAACCCUGCUCGCCCACGGGAAGAAAUACGACAUCGAGCAGAACGCUGCCACGCACACUCUUGUCAUUCACGAGCUGACACCAGAGGAUAGCGGGGAGUACAGUUGUGACACGGGUGACAGGAAAUGCACCGCUACUGUCACUGUGAAAGAGCACGUACGCAUUGCGCGGGAACUGCACGACAUCACCGUGCAAACCGGGCAGGACGCCGUCUUCGAGGUGGAGCUGUCUCACGCUGGUGUGACCCACGGGGAGUGGUGGCUCGCGGACAACCUCCUCCAGAACAACGACCUGAACCAAAUGACCAGCCACGGCAGAGUCCACCGCUUGUCUCUGAAGAUGGUGACCACCGAUGAAUCGGGAGACGUCGCCUUCGUUGUCGGUGAAGAAAAAAGCGUCGCUUGUCUGCUGGUGGAAGAGAAACCAAAAGUGCUUAUUGUAGAGAAGCCGCAUAACGUGACGGCGUCAGAGGGGGAAACCGUCACCCUGGCUUGCAGCAUCUCUGACCCCAAUGUGUCGGUGAUCUGGAUGAGAAAGGACGCGGUCGUCAAAGCCGGUCUCAAGUACGACCUGAAGCAAAACGGAGCAUUCCAGCAGCUUCGCGUGCACAAUGUUCUGCCUGAGGACGCGGGGGCGUACACCUGCAAGACGGGAGAUGAUCAGUGUGACGUCACCAUAACUGUGAAAGCUGCCCCAGCGUUCUUCAAGAAGGAACUGGAGAACCUGGAAGCCAUCGAGGGCGACGACGUCACCCUCCGCUGCGAGCUCUCCAAGCCGAGAGUCCGCGUGGAGUGGAGGAAGGGUGGCGUGGUUCUUGCGCCCGGUAACAAGUAUGAAAUCCGUGAGGAAGGGUGCAUUCAAGAGCUCUGUAUACGGAACCUGGCUUCGGACGACAGUGGUUACUACACUUGUGACGCCGGAGAUCAGCUCACCACCGCUUCUGUCGCAGUGCAAGUGAAAGAGGUCCGCAUUGUGUGCGGCCUUAAGGCCGUCGACGUUUUUGUCGGGGAAUGGGCAACUUUCUCUUGCCAGCUGUCCGGCCAGGCGCCCGGCAAGGUGCAGUGGUGGCUGGACGGCACUUUGGUGACGACUGGCCCCUUUAGCGAAAUAGGCCUGAGCGAGGGCAACGUCUACACGCUCACCUUUAAGAACCUGGCCACAGAUGACUCGGGCACUGUCAUGUUCAAAGCUGGCAGUUUAACCUCAGCGGCCAAGCUCCUUGUCAAAGAUCCCACAGUCGAAGUGGUGAACGACAUGGAGGACCUUAGGGUGGUCGAGAACCAACCGGCCGAGUUCAUCUGUCAGUUCUCGAGGCCGGUGAAGGCUGAGUGGAAGAAAGACGGGCAGCCAUUGCAGCCUGAUGGCCGCAGGGUGGUAGUGGAGCAGGACUGGACUGUGGCUCGCUUGUACAUUAACCGCGUGUGUGCCGGAGACAGGGGCACAUACUCCUGUGAGGCGGAGGGGACCCGUGUGGUUGCUUCGCUUCAUGUGGAAGCUAAACCCAUCAAUAUCGUCCAAGGCCUGGAGAAUGCAGAAACCUUUGAUGGAGGAGAAGCUUUGUUCGAAUGUGCCUUGUCUCGCCCAGAGAACAAAGACUGCCAGUGGCUCAUGGAUGGCAAACCGGUGAAGGAAUCCCCCAAAGCCGAGAUUGUGUCCUUCGAGAGCGGCCGUCGUCACCUCCUCCUCCUCAAAGAGCUGUGCAUUAGUGACAGUUGCGUAGUCGCCUUCAGGGCAGGGACGGCGACCUCAUCUGCCCAGCUCGCCGUCAAAGGGUGGCAGCUGGGCGUGAAGAGGCAUCUGGAGGACAUGGUGGCUACGGUCGGAGAGAGGGUGGAGUUUUGUGUGGAGCUGACCGAGCCCGUACCCACGGCAGAAGUUGUCUGGUACGCCAACGGAGUGGAGCUCAAAUCCGGCGACCUGUGGACGGCGAGGAACGACGGAUGUCGCUAUCGCCUCAUCCUUAGGCAGGCACCGCUUAUGCCCCAGCAGGAAAUCACGUUCGCGGCCCGGGAUGCUCUUUCAAUGGCCAAGCUCUCCAUUAUUACUGUACCUGACCCCCCGGAAGACCCUGAGGUCCUCAGCAAGACCACGCAGACGGUCACUCUUUCCUGGUUCACUCCCCUACAUGACGGAGGCAGUACCAUUCUGGGCUACAAAGUGGAGUCGAGGCAGGCAGACAGUGGUCUCUGGCUACCGUGUCACUCCACUCCUGUGUGCAACACCGAGUUUCUGGUAGAAAAUCUAAUCCAGGGCACCGGCUACAGGUUUAGAGUGGCGGCCAUCAACAGAGCCGGCGUAGGAGAGCCCGUUGAGCUUCCUCAGACUGUGCGUCUGGAAUCAGACGAAAAAGAAGUUGAGUCGGAGCAACUAGUACAGCCCUGUCUUCCCCCAGAGGCUGCUGAAGAAGGAGAUCUACAUGAACUUUGGGAGGCCUCUGCCAAGAAAAGGCGCAUGAGUCGCGAACCCACUCUAGACUCCAUCACUGAAUACUCAGAGGAUGAUAAAGGUGGCCAAAAGAAAACAGAGCAGAAGGAGAGCAGCGCUUCUGAGAAUCUAGAGAUGAAGCCAGCACAGAAGGAGCAGACUAAGAAACAGACUGAGUCUAAGUUGUACACCAGCUCUGAGGAGUCCACUUCUGCCAGUUCUUCACUUGUGUCUUACCUUAAGAAAAGCAGCCAGCUUCAGUCUUCAGCCACGGUUGUGAGCUCUGACAACCAGACACUAGCCACAGAACGUUUCUUUAAACACUUCCAGAUGUCUGACCAGGGAACGACUACAGUUCAGGGGACUGAAACAAAACAGGUGUCAACACAGGAGACUGACACGCUGGAGAUCAGCAAAGAAGAUGAGCCAGAGCUCAGAGAAGCUGCCAUCAAGAUCCAAGCUGCCUUCAAGGGCUACAAGGCACGCAAGGAUAUGCGACCUGUCUUCAAGGAGGUCUUCAAAGACCAGACGAAAGAGCCAAAUGGCACCAUACGUCUGGAAUGUGUGGCAGAUGUUAAACCCGAUAAGGUGCGUUGGCUGAAGGAUGGAGAACAGCUGUCUGACGGCAAGCAUCACCACAUCGACAUCUACAAUGAUGGCACGUGCUCCCUGGUCAUCACUGCCAUCGCCACAAAGGACACGGGUGUGUACACGUGUGAGGUCACCAAUAAGUUUGGAGUCAUCUCUCACAGCGGUAAGGUAACCGUAGGAACGGUGAGAGAAUCGUCCGGGCGGCGUCCACUGACAGUUGGCUACAGCGCAGACAGCGAGCCUGACAGCUCGUCAGGCAGCGAGAUGGACGAGUCGCUGAGACAGGCGAGCAGACGUCUCCGCCGGCUGCUGCGUACGCAUCUCCCACCAGACGUGGAGGAAGAGCCUUUCGUCAGCGCGGAUGAAGGAGACCUCUGCCCUCCGGAUCCCCACUCUUACCGCGAGGACGACACUUACAUUUACAUCCGCUUUAACGCACGCUCGGAGGCAGAGGUGGCGUCAAAGAGGUUCCAGGAGAUGUUCACGAUCCACGGAGUCCCCGUGGAGACCACCAUCCUGGAGGCCGGACAUCUCAAAGUAGAGCUGCGGAUUAGGAAGUUGGGAUACACUCAAGAUGGUACGCAAACGCCCACUCAAGAAAAACAACCACCCGCGUUCCUGUCUAGAGCUCCUGCCGCUCCCGUCUUCUUGACUGAGUUACAAAAUCAGGACGUGCCAGAAAGCUACCCAGUCAGUUUCGACUGCGUGGUGAUCGGCAAGCCUUCGCCCACUGUCCGCUGGUACAAAGACGGCAAAGUGCUGGAGGAGAAUGACCACUACAUGAUCAACGAGGACCAGGAGGGCUGCCAUCAGCUUAUAAUCACCGCCGUCUUGCCCACUGACAUGGGCGUUUACCGCUGCACGGCGGAAAACAGCAGCGGUAUUGCGGCCACCAGGGCGGAACUCAGGGUUGACAUGUCUUGCAGUUCCGAUUAUGACACUGCGGCAGAUGCCACUGAAACUUCGUCUUACAUCAGUGCCAAGGGCUACUUGUCCAGGGAGACUGAGACCUUUGAGUCUGUGACGGAAGAUGAUCAGAUGCCUCAAGUCGUAGAGGAACUUCACGAUGUUCACGCCAGUCCAGGUUCACCGAUGGCUAAAAUGCAACUCAGGGUAAAAGGUUUCCCUAAACCAAGAGUGUACUGGUUCAAAGAUGGCCACCCGCUGCGUGCCUCCGAAAGGAUUUCACUUUUAGCGCAGCAAGACGUUCACAGUCUGGAGAUCCUGGAGGUGAAGAAAGAGGACAUGGCGGAAUACUCGGCCUACAUUAGUAACGCGGCAGGUUCCGCUUACUCCUCCGCCCGACUCAUUGUCCUAAACCCAGGGGAGAUCCUACCACAAGAUGUGAAAGACUCCCGUGAGCCGUUGGUGCCGCCACGUUUCUUGGAAAGGUUCAGCAACAGAAAAGUGAAACAAGGAGCCAGCAUCACGUUUUCUGUCAAAGUUGAAGGUUCUCCCACUCCAAUGGUCUCCUGGCUGAAGGAGGAAUCGAUGGAGGAGGUGCUGUGGAUCAAGCCGGAUACCAAAGGUUACAAAGUAGCAAGCUCAGGCCGCCAGCACAGCCUCAUCUUGAUGGAUGUCGGAAUGGAGUACACCGGUGCCUACACCUGCAUUGCCACUAAUAAAGCGGGGCAGUCCAUCUGUACCGCCCACCUCGAGGUGGAUGACGCCCCGCCACAAAAGAAAGAGACCAAAGCUUCAGAAGUCCUCGGGAUUACUGUCAGUCCACCAGAGGAAGAUGCAAAAAGGGGAAAGGAGACUAAAAUGUCAUAUCUCGGAGAAGUCGGCUCCGAGGAAUUCCUCAUGAAACUCACCUCCCAGAUCACUGAAAUGGUAUCGGCCAAGAUUACGCAAGACAGCACACAGAAUCACGAAGUGCUCCAGUGGAUGAAAUCUUGGCCCAAAACUACCACAUCGCUGCGCGUACCAGGCGCCGACAGCGACGACGAGACCAAGACGCCUUCGGCUUCCCCGCAUCACGGUCGCUCUCGUCCCCCCUCCCUCGUGGCCGACUCCUCGUCUGAGUCCGAUGAGGGGGACGCCAGGGGAGAGAUGUUCGACAUCUACGUGGCGACGGCCAAUUAUGAUCCUAUUGCGGCGGGAAAAGAAUCCAUCUCCUUGAAAGAGGGGCAGUACGUGGAGGUGCUGGACUCGGCCCACCCACUCAAAUGGCUCGUCCGGACCAAACCCACCAAGAUGACCCCAUCCCGCCAAGGAUGGGUGUCACCUGCCUACCUGGACAAAAAGAUGAAACUUUCUCCCGAUACGGUCGACCUGCCUGAAAUGAGCGCAGAGGAGGUGUCUGAGGGAGAAUACAAGAAGAAGUUAUUCCAGUUGAUCCAGGACAUAAUCGGUGGCGAAUCCGAGUUCGUCAAAGAGAUGGACUUCUUCACGUGUCAUCACCUGAGGCACGCCGACAGUCCUGAUGCGCCGACUGACGUCAGCAGUCAGAGGGAGGCCAUCUUUAGGAACAUCCACGACUUAAAGGACUUCCACGGCAGGGCGUUCCUCCCGAAGUUAAAUGACUGUGAGACAGAUGACGACGUGGCCAUGUGCUUCCUGAAGAAUAAGGACGGCUUUGAGAAGUAUCUCCAGUACCUUGUCGGUCAGAGCCAGGCUGAAAGUGCCGUCAGUGAAAAAACGGUGCACCGCUUCUUCAAGGAGUACACAGCGAAGGAGCAGGCCGAAGCAGACCCGGCUAGCCCGCCUAUACGCAGUAUCAACGCCUACCUGCUGCAACCUCUGGACAGGAUUCAGAAGUACAAGGCUUUCCUCAAGGAGCUCAUUCGGAACAAGGCGCGGAAUGGCCAGAACUGCUGCCUGCUGGAAGAAGCGUACGCCAUGGUGUCCGCGCUGCCACAACGCUCUGAAAAUACCCACCACGUCUCCAUGAUCGAGAACUACCCUGCCACUCUUGAAGCAUUAGGAGAGCCUCUCAGACAGGGACCUUUCCAAGUUUGGGAGGGAGCCCCUGGAAUAAGGACGUCCUCUCGAGGUCACCACCGCCACGUCUUCCUCUUUAAGAACUACUGCAUCAUCUGCAAAUCAAAGAGAGACAGCAACAUCGAUACGCAGGCAUACGUCUUUAAGAACAUGAUGAAGCUGAACAACAUCGACGUGAAUGACACGGUGGAGGGCGACGACCGCGCCUUUGAGAUCUGGCACGAACGUGAGGAUUCCGUGAGGAAGUACACUUUGCAGGCCCGGACGGUGACCAUCAAGAACUCGUGGCUGAGAGACCUCCGAGAACUUCAGCAGAGAUACAGCAUGCCUGCCUGGAGUCCUCCAGACUUUGUAGAAAUUCUGGCAAACUGCACAGCUGAGCUCGGGCAGACGGUUAAACUGGCGUGCAAAGCCACAGGAGUCCCUAAACCUGCCAUCACCUGGUACAAGGACGGACGUAUCGUGGAGGCAGACCCUCAUCACAUCAUCAUUGAGGACCCCGAUGGCUCCUGCACGCUCAUCCUGGAUAACAUGACUGCAGAGGAUUCGGGGCAGUACAUGUGCUUUGCUACAAGCUCUGCCGGCAACGCCAGCACGCUGGGCAAGAUCACUGUACAAGUGCCUCCAAGGUUUGUGAACAAAAUGAAGAAUGCUGUGUGCGUCACCGGUGAAGAUGCUCAGUUCACCUGCGUUAUCCAGAGCGCCCCGAGUCCUAAAAUCAGAUGGUUCAAGGACGGACGGCUUCUGAGCGACCAGGAAAAGUAUCAGACCUACAGUGAGCUCCGCAGUGGAGUUUUGGUCUUGGUGAUCAAGAACGUGACAGAUCGCGACCUGGGACACUACGAGUGUGAGCUGUCCAACCGUCUUGGCAGCGCCAGGUGUGCUGCCGACUUGGUUCCUCCGUCCACUGUUGCCGCUGAUGAGCAGGCCGUAGUUAUUGAAGUUACCGAGCAGGAGACAAAAAUACCAAAGAAAACCAUCAUCAUUGAGGAGACCAUCACCACAGUGGUGAAGAACCCGCGAAUGAGGAGGCACAAGUCGCCCGGCGUAACCGUCACUGGAGCCCACCGCUCGGAGAUGACCUCCUCGGAGACCUCCACCACCAAGACCAGGAGGAUGGCCGCUCCCAGAAAAAGCGCCGUGCCAUCCUUCUAUGUCACGGAGGCUGAGGGUGCAGAGGGCGCCAGUGUCGCAGAAAGCAAGCCCCGUUGGGUGGAAGUGGAGGAAGUGAUCGAGUACAAGGUCAAUAAGUCUCCCAGGCUGUCCAGGAGGAGGGGUGUGUCGCCCGCCAUCUCGGACCGCUCGACCACUCCUACGAGGCCCAAAAGAUCCCCUCCAGAUAACCCCAAUGCAAACAAUUCCAACAACAACCUGGUGGAGCUGGGUGGCAGCACCAGCGGCCAGACGCUCUCCUGGGAGGAAGAGGAGGCGCCCUCUGCUUCAAGAGAUCCACUGGAGCUCUCCUCUGUUCUUACCGAAGACCUGGAGGAUCACCAAAUUGCCAUCUUUGAACCCAGUGAUGAUGACGAAGACUUUUGCGGAAAGCAGGACGCAAAGAUGCCAACCCGCGGAGGUCGUGUUCUUGCACUGGAAGACUUGGAGGACUACGUCCCGGAGGAAGGAGAAUCUUACAGAUCCAGCAGCUACAGUCUUGACGAGAAGCCCUGUGAGAUCUCUGUGCUCCAGAGGGAGGUCGGCGGCUCCACCGUGGGACAGCCAGUGCUCCUCAACGUGGGACGCCCCGUCGUGGUCCCGAGGCAGAGGGGCGGAUUCUUCGGUCGCCUCCGAGAGCAUCUCCCCGGCACUCUAUUCUCACCGAAUGUGCCGCAAACGGGCGGUAGCCCGUCCGAAAGGCGUGUCCCCAUUCAAGUGAGCCAAGCGAACCUAGAGGUGAAGCCUUCUUACUGCUCUGAAGUGCAAAGGGUGGAAGGCGGGCAGCGGAGCUUUAAAACCAAAAUAUCAACUCAGACGUACGGCUAUACAUCCGUGGGAAACCCGGUCACCCUCCAAAUCAGUGACGAUCAGAACCAGAACCAGUAGCAUUGAAUUCUGCGCACCGCAAUCCUCCUUGGUCUUAAACAGCAUCGGUUCACGUCCUCUCCUAACUUUCAGUAUCUAUACGAACCAUUCCAAAUGACAAAAUAUUUGUUCCAGUCACAUGGUAUCGCGUCAUCUUCGAUUUAGUCAAACCGAACCGUGGACCAGAAACCUUUUUGUUUCUGUAACUGACGAAAAAAAAAAACCCAGAUCUAGUCUCAAGUGGAAUGAUAAUUAACAUCACAAAUUCAUCAACUUUCUAAUCUGGUGUGUCUUGAAGCUCCUACGACAUUAAAGCGCGCACCACAUCCAAGUCAUGUUAACAAUAUUCUGAUUAAUGCAACACGGGCACUGCAGGAAUUCAGAACGUUCAGAAAGACCCCAUCCCAUAAAAUCAAACACCUUUUUGUAAACAAAAAAAAAAAUUACAAUCCAUGUAUCUGUCGUAUUAACCGCUUGUCCUGUUUUGGGCAAGCAAGUGAGACACCAAACAAUCACAGGCAAAACCUUUAUGCGGAAACUAAAUUUGAGUUGACGCAUUAUGCAUUAACACAUAAAUUUAUAGGUAGCAUUGUGGUAUGAAUUAGGUAUUUAUUGCUUGUUGAUUUGAACAGGAUAUACUCCCACCCAAGCGUUGCGCCCGUUAAUAGUGCAAUGAUCAUCUGAGUCUGUUCAUGCAUUGCAAUGACGCAAACUCACAGGGUUGUGUUCAGUCCAUUUAGAUGAUUGACUGCAUGGUUUGACUUUUCCAAAGCACUGGUGAGUAUUUCAAUUUCAAGGGAUUGAAGCCCUUCUUCAUUAAAAAAUGAGGGCUUUUGUGUAGUUUGGUGUCCUAACACUCAAAAGAUUGUAGUUGCUUGUACUAUAAAUUUGU